AUGCAGGUGUGCGAGGGUGACCGGGUAAUCGUCGACGUGAUAAACAUGCUACACGCCGAUAGCACGACGAUCCACUGGCACGGACAACACCUCCGGCAAAACCCGUACAUGGACGGUACCCCUUUCAUCAGCCAGUGCCCGAUACUACCCGGCGAGACGUUUCGCUACGAUUUCAUCGCAGCCACUCCCGGCAGUCAUUUCUGGCACUCGCACAUUGGUUUCCAACGCGGUGACGGUCUGUUCGGGGCGUUGAUAGUGCGCCGGGCGCCGAAAGUCGAUCAGUUGCGCAACCUGUACGAUUACGACGAGCACCACAUGAUCGUGUCCGACUGGGACCACGAGAUGGGCUUGGUCAAGUUUUUGGGCCAUUACCACGGCAACGGCGACAACAAGCCCCCCAACGUAAUUAUCAACGGGCUGGGCCGCUUUGGGAAUCGCACGCAGAGAGAGGGACCGCUCAAUCACAUGCUCACGGCCACGUUCAAUGUCAAGAAGAAUUACAGGUACCGGCUGCGCAUCAUCAACGCCGAGUUUCUCAACUGUCCGAUCGAAAUGUCCAUAGACAACCACACCAUGUUGGUCGCGAGCUCAGACGGCAAAGACGUGGAUCCGAUCGAAGCCGAUUCGCUGGUCACUUACGCCGGAGAGCGAUUCGACGUGAUUGUAGAAAUGAACCAGGAGAUCGGCAACUACUGGAUUAGAUUCAGAGGGUUGCUCGAUUGCGCGCCCAAAUUCACAAAGGCCUACCAGGUGGCGAUACUCAGGUACGAGGGUGCACCUCACGAGGAUCCAAAAGCCGACGUUGCCUACGAAAUACCCUACAACGAGGACAUAACGAAACAAGUAAAUCCAUUCAACAAAGGAACCGAGGCCGAGGACUCGGUGAGCAUACCGCACCUGCAGGCUCUCGACAAGAACAGCGAGGCCAAUGUCGAAAGGGAUCCCGACUAUCAGUUUUACAUCUCCUACGAUUUUUACGGAAAGGACAGUGACGAUUACCACCGCAAGGGCCUGUACGGGUAUCGGGAAGCCAAGCACAAGACGGGCAUGCCACAGCUGAACCACAUAUCGAUGAAGAUGCCAACGUUCCCGCUUAUGUCGCAGACCGGCAUGAUAGACUCGCGGCACUUUUGCAACGACAGCACGGUCAAGGGUUGCGACACCGAGUAUUGCGCCUGUCCGCACGUGUUACAGGUCAAACUCAACAGUUUGGUCGAACUGGUUCUCGUUGACGAAGGCGUGCCGUACGACGCAAACCACCCGUUUCAUCUUCACGGCCACGAUUUCCGCGUGAUGGCCAUACAGAGGCUGGGCAGCAAUACCACGGCCGAGGAUGUGAGAAGAGCCGAUCGCGAGGGUCGCAUCAAAAGGAGGUUCGACAGGGCCCCCAUCAAAGACACGGUCACCGUACCCGACGGCGGCUUCACCAUCAUCCGGUUUCACGCCAGUAAUCCAGGCUACUGGCUGUUCCACUGUCACAUAGAGUUCCACUCGGAGGUGGGUAUGUCUUUGGUCUUCAAGGUGGGCGAGCACGAGGACUUUGCUCAGGUGCCCGAGGGAUUUCCGCGUUGCGGCAACUACAAGCCGUCGAAGGACAAUCGAUCGAAAAUUAAAACGACCACGACUACGAUGGCGAGCGGUAGUUUAGACGACAAGGUCGGGGAAAACGAGGUGGAGGACCACCGGGUGGACGAGAAGGUGCGUAGCUCGAUCGCCAACUGGUUGCCGCUCAUCCUUAACGAGCUGCGGGCUGCCAGCUCGGCUGCACCCGUGGUUGAGGUGACGUUGGCCUGCAUGUGCGUGAUGGCUUUUGCUUUUGUCUCGGUUUUGUGAUUUCUUUUUUUUUUUUUUCUUU